CUGACCCCGACGGUGUUCUAAACUCAAAGCAAAGAUAGUGCUUGAGCGACGUAGGCUUUGGCGACUAUCGUGCCUGGUGCAUGUUACGAUCAUAUUGCCUGUGCUUCAGUCUGGUGAUCUUCCAUCAAUCCGCAACUGUCAUGACUUUCAUUGACAAUUCGAUCUGCCCAAGUCUUAGCCGUCUGACCAUUCGAUCACCCGAGCGUCGCUGUGUUCCAUACCGCCGUAAUGGAUUCAACCUCAGAACAAGGUAAUCAAGAGGAGCGCCGACGGGAUUCAUACCAACGUGUGGAAUCUACCCGGCUUGAUGACCUAUUCAGAUGGUUUCAGCAUCCCUUCAUCAUGGUUCUUCUACCGCUCAUCGCGCUUCUAUGCGCUCCGAGUGCAUACAACAUACUCACCAAUUCUUCUACUUCACACAACGAACUCCAACUGCAAGAGAUUGCCACCUUGAUGAACGACAUCUACGUACAACUGGCAGAUAUGACCUUCAUUCCACACACCGCCAUCAAGCAGGGACCGCACGUCAUCAACACGACGUCCAUUCCAUGCCAUCACGACCCAUCAGUCUUGCGUCUCAUGGAGCUCCUUCCCUACGUCGACACGUUCGAAGUUCGGGACGAUAGCUGGCUCUAUGGUGGCCAGUUCAUGGAUUAUCGACGUCUAGAUCACUUACAACAAAGCUGCGAUCCGCUUCGUGUGAACUCCAUGUGGUCCCACACGAUGUCUAGCACUCUUGCACUGACGACGUGGACUAACCAUGAGGCCCUUGUGUUAUUCUACGACAUCUCUCGUAAUGGAGUGCGAGCUUUUGACGGCGAGUACUGGAUCAUGCGCGGCCUACAUCGUGACAAGAACACUGGAAAAUUCGGCGGUAUAUUUAGCGAGCCAUGGCGGGCACAUGAGCAGCAUGACGGGUUUGAUCAGAUGACGCUGUUCGACGCUCCGACACUUUUGAGACGGAUCAUCCAAGCUUGCAAGGAGUUGUCAUGGACACCGUGGGAGACACCAUACAACGCAAACGAACAGGAUGUUGAACGAGGUUUCGAAAGAGUUCUUCUGAGAAAUAACGGAUGGCCACGAUCGUUUGAUUCAGAGCAGUUCAACGCAGACUUAAUUCGCAAAAAGCAUACGCUUUUCAAUGGUGUCUACGCAGAUGCUACGCUCAAACGUGUCGUAGAAAUCGACGGCAAGCACGCUAACGUCAUGGGCCCCGAAAUACUCGGAUAUAUUCACCAUGCCAAACACCGACUUGCACUGCAGAAGCAAGCUAUUGAGGAUGCGACGGAUGACGAUGAGCGAUGGCUCUUCAAAUGGCGUGUGCAACGAAGCCAAUGGGAUAUCGAGAAACAUGAAGCAGAGCUCUCCGCCGCAGAGCCCUGGUUUCAUCGAUUAUGCCCAGAGAGUUCCUGUCCAGAUAGUUUUUGCGUUAGGGUAGAGGGUACCAUACUUUGGGAACUAAGGAGUUUGGAGAGAAGAUGGGAGACACUGCAGUUGAUGAAUCAAACAGCAAAGUGCAACCAUUCAGUUUCUUCUCUACCAGACACCGCUCCGCCGGACCCGAAGCGUCACGAAAAUUGUGUCUCGCAACUCAGACUUGAGAAAUACUGGUACCACCUCGCAUACUCACAAUGCCACGCCCAGGCCGUUAAGCACUGCGCUACCAUUUGCUGCGUACUUUUCUCGUCCACAACGCUGGAAGAGCGCGCAAAGACCAUGAUAUCCAAGCUCGAGCACGAACUCACUCUCAAUACGGACCUGAUGCGGAAGAUGGAGGAGUGGAGAGAAACCCUACCCGAGCAUGCAACGCGUGCCCUCGAAGAGUAUUCUAUAGAGAACAGUGUUAUCGUCAAUAGACCGUGGUAUAUCAAGGAAGAGAUCAAGUUGAUUGAGGAGCAGUUGAAAGAUGGUGGGGAUAGGUAUGAGUUGGCGAAACGGCUGGAAGGCGAAGCGUACAUUUGAGAAGAGAAAGUGACAUAGAUGGGUUUGAGAGCCACUCCCUGGCUGGCUUACAAAUGUUAGUCCGGGCGCCUGGCUCCACACCUGACAUCAAGGCAAUGAGUGAGAUAUCCGGCUCCUAGAUACGUUCAAUGUCUUGCGAAGUUUGCAUGGCUGUGGGAUCUCUUCCGGAUCUUUUUUCAGGUGAGUUUAGUGACACAAAGGCACCC